AUGUGUCGAGUGCGCCAACUGUAUGCAGCAUGCUUGAAUUCUGCAUUAGCCCGUCUACGGGAUAUAUGGGAGGAAAUUGGAAUACCAGAAGACCAACGGCUACAGAGAACUGACGCUGUAAAGAGGCAUGUAAAUAUUCUUUUAACAAGAAUGAUAGAAGAAGAAGAAAGUUUGAAGGAACGCCUCUUAAAGAGUAUUGAUGUGUCUCGUAAAGAACUGUUUGUGCUUUGCAGUGAAUUGCACCUUCCUCCAUUUGAAGAAGAUGAAGAAAACACUAUCCUACAGCUUGAAAAGGACAUGAGGACACGAGUUGAAGUUAUGUUAAAGCAAAAAAAAGAAAGAAUUCAGGAACUGAAGCAGUUAAAGCAGCGUGACCAAGAAUUGUGUGACAUCCUGUGCACGUCUCUGUACUUAAUUGACAGCCCUGUCCCGAGCCUGGAUGAGCUGGAUCAGUUCAGGAGACAUUUGGCUGCACUUUAUGCUGAAAAGGAGCGUCGUGAAGCUGAGUUUGUAAAAACAAAGAAACAAAUAAUUUUAUGCAUGGAGGAACUGGAUCGAUUGCCUGAUACAAGCUUUGAGAGGGAUGUGGUCUGUGUAGAGGAAGAAGCUUUCUGCCUGUCAAAGGAAAAUCUUGAAGCUUUGGACCAGCUUCUUUUUCAGCUAGAAGAACAAAUUGGACAGAAUAAAGCACUGAGUGAAGAAUUGCGAACCAAAAUCCUCGAACUCUGGGAUAGACUUCAGGUUCCAGAAGAGGAGAGGAAUGCUUUUGCUGUUCAUAUGACUGGAUCAAAAGGAAAAACUAUUCGAGCAUUACAAGAUGAACUGGACCGUUUGCAACAGCUGAUGUUGCAGAAUAUUAAAAAUGUAAUUGAAGUUAUUCGUACAGAAUUAAAAUCCUACUGGGACAAAUGUUUUUAUAGUGAUGAACAAAGACAAUCGUUUGCUCCCUUUUAUGAUGAGGAUUACACUGAAGACCUGCUCAGUCUGCAUGAUGCUGAAGUCAGCCGCCUCAAGGAACAAUAUGAAGUGCAUAAAGAGAUGUUUGAAGGGGUUCAUAAGUGGGAAGAGAACUGGCAUCUUUUCUUAGAGCUUGAUAAAAAAGCAACAGACCCGAACAGGUUCAACAACCGUGGAGGAAAUCUUUUAAAAGAAGAAAAGCAACGAGCGAAACUACAGAAAAUGCUCCCCAAGUUAGAAGAAGAACUAAAAUGUCGGAUUGCAUCAUGGGAAGAGGAACAGCAACAAGAGUUUUUUGUGAACGGCAAGAAAUUCAUGGACUAUGUAGCAGAGCAAUGGAAUCAGUUUCAGCUAGACAAAGAAAAGGAAAAGCAGGAGAGGCUAAUGAAGAAAACGCGUCAGUUAGAAGAGGAGAUGUAUUAUGGAACUGCUCCAAAAACGCCUAAUAAUAAGCGGAGAGUACUUGGCUCUACUACUCCAAGUAAAAUACGCAAGCUUAAUGGCACGUACGUUUCCAAUUCCACCAAUAGCACCAUGCGUUCUGCAUUCAGUGGGACACUAUGCCACUCUCCUGUGUCACGUCCACCUCCUAGUGGUGGCAAGCCUGGACUUCCUAUCCGUACCCCAUCCAGAGGAUUCAAAACGCCACAGCCAAGGAAGCUUGAGAAGAACAAGGAAAACAUGUCCACUUUAAAUGGAACCGCUAUAAGCGGUGGGUGCCACCUCACAAUUCCUGCCCAGCGUAACCUCAGCGUUAACUCUGUUGCCAGCACCUAUUCUGAGUUUGCGAGGGAUUCCACACAUAUUGAUUCUACAACCAUAUACUCCAGCGAGAACUUUCAAAAGCUACAAGAGCUGACUCAAACCCUGUAAUCCUGAACUCUACUAUAUCCAAUAUGUAGUAUCCAAACUGACCUGGAUUCAGCUGUACAUUUGCAUCGCCUGCCACUCACUGUGGCUGCAGUGUGUGUAUAUAGUUGGGACUUUUUUGAUGAAGGGUGCCUUCCAGGACUGUAAGACGGGAAAUCUGCGCCGAAGCCCAUGCUAACUUUGCACUGUAAAUUCAUCUCUUAGCUUGUUAUGGAUAAGCCUUGGCCUCAAGAUAAACUAUUCUAUAUAUUCCUUUAAGGUUGCCAAAUGGUAGUAUGCAUUUAUUUGAGCUGUACUGUAUAAUAAGAGUACUAUAAUCCUUGGAUAUGGAUAUUUUGGCUCCAGUUCUCACUGCAAGGUUUAAUGUUUUCUGUAUAUAUACGGUUCUUGGUUUUGAAUUAAUCAUGAACACCUUUUGCACAUGUAAAUGUCACUACAGCUAUUUCCACAAAAUGGUUUUAUUUCCCAAUGAUAGCUGUUAUGUAGUUUGGGU